CCAUUCGACAACACAUGCCCAACAUGAUGAACACAAAGCCAGUGCUUCUGCCACUCUUCCUCUUCCUCUUCCUCUUCUUGUUCGCCGCCUCUCAGUCCAAGGAUCUCUGCAACAAAGAUGACAAAAAUGUCCUCCUCAGGAUCAAGAAAUCCCUCAACAACCCUUACCACCUCGCCUCGUGGGACCCGCAGACCGACUGCUGCUCCUGGUACUGCCUCGAGUGCGGCGGCGCCGACGUCAACCACCGCGUCACCGAGCUCACCAUCUUCUCCGGGCAGAUCUCCGGCCAGAUCCCGCCUGAGGUCGGAGACUUGCCGUUCCUGCAGAACCUAGUCUUCCGCAAGCUCACUAAUUUGACCGGCACGAUUCAACCCGCCAUCGCCAAGCUCCAGAAUCUUCGAAGCCUUCGGCUCAGCUGGACGAAUCUGUCUGGUCCGGUCCCAGAUUUUCUGGGUCGGCUCAAGAAUCUCGAGUUCUUGGACCUUUCGUUCAAUGACCUCACUGGCUCGAUACCCAGUUCGUUGUCUCUGCUUCCUAAUCUCAUGUCGAUUGAUCUGAGCAGGAACAAACUCACAGGUCCAAUACCCGAUUCAUUUGGAUCAUUCCAUGGCAAAGUCCCCGACCUGUACCUCUCACAUAACCAGCUCUCUGGCCCCGUACCCAAAUCGUUAGGCAACCUCGACUUUAACAGGAUCGAUUUCUCCAGAAACAAACUCGAAGGCGACGCUUCCUUGUUGUUUGGAUCGCAGAAGACAACAUGGUACAUUGAUCUGUCCAGGAACAUGUUUCAGUUCGAUCUCUCCAAGGUCACGUUCCCCAAAACCCUGGGAGUCCUGGACUUGAACCAUAACAAGAUCUUUGGAAGUAUUCCUGUUCAGUUGACCGAGGCUCCUCUGCAGUUCUUCAAUGUCAGCUACAACAUGCUCUGUGGCAACAUCCCUGCUGGCGGAGCCCUUCAGAAAUUCGACUACUCGGCUUAUUUCCAUAACAAGUGCUUGUGUGGUGCUCCUCUAGCGAGCUGUAAGUGAAACAACCCUCAAGAAUCCGAUGUCAUGGUAUAAUAAAGACUGUCAUCUAUGAUGCAAGAUUUGAGAUUGUUACCAUGAAUUGGCAAUCAUGAAUUGUUGAAAUCUGUGUUCCAUUGAUUCAAAAGCUUUUACCGGCUUGCUUGUGAGAGAAGUUAGUAGAACUUAGGGUGCGAGGAAGAGGAAGAUUCGCCAUGUUCGCCCCUAAGAACCUUCCAACCAUCUCUAAUGAAAACUGUUUCCAGACA